AUGUCUCUCAUCUCCCGACUCUCCUCCCUCCUCCCGCUCCCCGAGGAAGAGCUCAAACAAGUUCUCGACUAUGCCGCCACUCUUCCUAAGGCUGCGGCGGUUGACCACUUCAGCAACCUCCUCGGGACCUCGCCGGAAGCCCUGACAUUCAUUUCCGACUUCAAUUCGCGGCGUAACGACACAGCGGCUGCGACCACCCCCAGCGCCGGAAUCGAGCCCCCAACUCCCGCGGAGGUUACCAAGCCCGCGGCGUCCAAGAAGUCUCAGCAAGGCGGAUUCCUAAUCUCUGACGAACCGGCCGCGAAGUCCAAGCCCAAAUCAGCCAACGCUUCCCGCUCCUCCACACCAAAGCCAGGAGGCAACCCUACGAAAAUCUCCAUCGUCGGAGGAACACCUAUGAAGGGCGCCUCAACCGCAUUGACAGACCUAGACGCCGCCAUUCGCCAGCUAGAAAUCACCACCAACCCCACACUUCAAGACGACGACGCCGCCGCCCGGCGUUUGAUUUGCAUGAAGGAAGGUCUCGGCCCCUGCACCACCUGCGGAGCACCUCUCCUUUCCAACUCCGAGACGGAGGCUAUACUACGCGAGCUCAAGGCCGAGCGCGGACGAGAGCGCAUGGCAGCGGACCGCGCCGCACACAAGCGAGCCGACGUCGGCAGGACCCCCGCGCCAUUUACUCAGCCCCGCGAUGGUGGUUUCGCCAGCGGGAGCGGGGCAGGCGGGACCGCGACGCUUUCGGAAGCCGAGACCAAGGCGCGGGAGCACAGGGACCGGCUUCUGGGGUACCAGGCGCAAAACGCGCGGCGAACGACGGUGCGCGACGAGGUGGCGGACUUUGACGAGCGGGCGAUGGAGCUGAAGAAGCAGCAGAAAUUGCUGAGGGAGAUGGAGUGGGAGAUGAAGCCCGAGUACGAGAAGCGGAGGCAGGUUGUCAGCAUCGACCUGGUUGGCGGCAAAAUUGUCAAGAAGAUGGCGGCGGUAGAACGGCCGGUCACACCCCCGGCCGUGGAGGAACCCGGGUACGGGAACAGCGGGGCCGGAGCACUCUCCGAGUCUUCGGGUAACAGGCAGGCGGCGAAUCACGGACAAGGCGGUGCGUUUAGCAAGAAUCCGCUCCUCGGGGCCAUGAUCAAGCCUGUGUACAACCUGAAGGGUAAGGCCAAGGGCACGGGCACCGAGGGUGACGACGCCGCGGGUUCUAGGACAAAAUGGCGAAGAGUGCAAGAUGACAUGGGCGAUAACGAGGGCAUCAUUCUCGAUGGCGGCGCGUACGGGCAUUCAGCGCCCACCAACGCCGCUACGGUGGCGGGGGACGCCCAUGACAUCAUGACGCCAUCGCCGCCGCCCCGCCAUGCCCGAGCUCCUCAACACCGAAGAGCCCGCCCCUCCAUCCAAACCGUCUCCGAAGCCGACCUCGCCUCCUCCCAAUUCUCCGGCCGCGAAGGUCCCGCCGCCUCCUACGCCGACACCGAAACCUUCACCGACCUCGCCGCCUCCUUCCCCUCCGAGCGCGGUCCCAACGCCGACGGCGGCGCCGACCACGUCCGCCACUCGUCCGGCAACGGCAAAGACAACGGCAACGGCGGCAGCAAGCGCCGCAAGGCCAAGAACGCCGCCGAAAAGGCCGCCGACAAGGCCUGGGGCCUCUACGAGCGCGGUCAGCUCGGUUGGAAGGAGCUCGGUAUCGGUGCGGGGAUCUUGGGCGCUGUGGGUGCUGCUGAGCUCGUGAUUGGCAGGUAUCUCUCCGAGGAGCAGCACAACAGGAAGAAGUAA